ACACAAAACAACAAGAAUCAAAAUCAAACCAAAACCUCAGUCGUUCUCCUUUCUUCUCUAGAUACAGAUACAGUAUUCUCAAUCUCAACUCUCUCAUUCUCCAGUUAAACACAAACAAUUUUCCAUUAUUUAACAUCAACUCUAUCUUCAAUCAAUUUUUCUAUGCUCCUUCAUUUUUCAUAAUCAUCAUGACCUUCAUUUCCACACUCUCUCUCUACUCACACCCGCAACCUCAAGUUCGUCUCCGCCACAAGCGGUUACAAUCGCCAAUCGUCACCGCCGUUCAAUUCGUUUGGCUUCCGAGUUUGAAGAGACGUGCUUCUAGAAGCUUCGUUGUUAGAGCUGCUGGUUCUAGUGUUGAAGGACGUGCUUCUGGUUCUCGGAGAGUUUAUCGCGAGUCUCAGGCUAAUGCUUCUCUUUCUGUUGCUUCGGUUAAACAGAUUGCAACUUCCGUUGCUCCAUUUGGAGUGUUGUUAGCUUUUACUCUCGUUAUCUGGAAAUUGGCGGAGAAGUUUCUUGCUCCAACUCCAAAGCAAUCAAAGUCUCCGACUGCUGAAAGCCAGUCUGCUUCACAAGGAUUGAAAUGGUCUUUUGCUGCUGGUACAAAUUUGUUGUCUCAGUUUGGGGCAAAGGUUGAGAGGCAAUCUAAACAGAAACUUAACGAGUUUGCUCGAGAACUGAGGUCAUUUCCAUUUAUUGAUAUGUCAGGGCGCAAUUUUGGAGAUGAAGGAUUAUUCUUUCUUGCGGAGAGCUUGGCAUUUAACCAGACUGCAGAGGAAGUGAGCUUUGCUGCAAAUGGAAUAACUGCUGCUGGAAUGAAAGCUUUUGAUGGUGUUCUUCAGUCAAACAUCACACUGAAGAUUCUUGAUCUUUCAGGAAAUCCUGUUGGAGAUGAAGGAGCUAAGUGCCUAUGUGACAUACUGAUGGGUAACUCCAGCAUUGAAAAGCUCCAGCUAAACAGUGCUGACUUGGGGGAUGAGGGUGCAAAAGCUAUUGCAGAAAUGCUGAAGUCAAAUUCGAGUCUGCGGGUUCUUGAACUUAACAACAACAUGAUUGAAUAUUCUGGAUUUACAAGUCUGGCUGGAGCUCUUCUUGAGAAUAAAAGCAUAAGAAAUAUACAUCUCAAUGGCAAUUAUGGUGGUGCUUUGGGGGCUAAUGCAUUGGCUAAAGCACUUGAGGGCAACAAGUCUCUAAGGGAACUACAUUUGCAUGGAAAUUCUAUUGGAGAUGAAGGAAUUCGUUCUUUGAUGACAGGAUUAACUUUACAUAGAGGGAAACUUACACUUCUAGACAUUGGGAACAACUCAUUAACAGCUAAAGGAGCAUUCUAUGUUGCUGGGUAUAUUAGAAAGAUCAAAAGCCUGUUAUGGUUGAACAUUUACAUGAAUGACAUUGGUGAUGAGGGUGCAGAAAAAAUUGCAGACGCUUUAAAGGAAAAUCGAUCGAUAACAACAUUAGAUCUGGGGGGAAAUAACAUUCAUGCUGCUGGAGUUGGUGCCGUUGCUAAAGUUUUGAAAGAUAAUUCAGUUAUUACCACUUUAGAACUUAGUUAUAAUCCCAUUGGACCAGAUGGAGCCAAGGCCUUGGCCGAAGUUAUCAAGUUCCAUGGAAACAUAAAAACCCUUAAACUUGGGUGGUGCCAGAUAGGAGCAAAAGGGUCAGAGUUCAUUGCGGAUGCUUUAAAAUAUAAUACGACAAUAUCAGUUCUGGACCUAAGAGCAAAUGGACUAAGAGAUGAAGGUGCAUUUUGCCUGGCUCGCAGCUUGAAAGUUGUUAAUGAAGCUCUAACCUCUCUAGACUUAGGAUUUAAUGAAAUACGGGACGAUGGAGCUUUUGCUAUUGCUCAAGCACUCAAGUCUAAUGAAGAUGUGGCUGUCGCAUCUCUAAACCUUGGAAGUAACUUCCUUACCAAAUUUGGCCAGAGUGCUUUAACUGAUGCAAGAGACCAUGUGUUUGAGAUGACUGAAAAGGAAAUUGCCAUUUUUUUCUAAAAGACACUAUACUUCUCAGUAUAUAUUAUUGUCAUAUACCGCGACAAGAUUUUUGUGGUUAUUUUGCAUAUUAGCGGCCGGCAAGUACUGGUAAGAGCUCGUUCACGUCAAUUUUUUGAGUUCUAACCAUUCAUUCAUUGAGUAAAGUAUAGGAAUUUUGUAUUAAUGUAUUAUAUCCUUCAAUUUUUUAGUUCUCGAAAUGGAUUCCAACAGUUGCAUAUUCUUUUGAUCCCUUUAAUGAGAUAGUUGACCCACAAUAAUCAAUGUAUAUUAUUAUUAGUUAAAAGACAGAUAAAGAGAAAGUUACCAAAGGGAAUUAAAAGAUAGAAUCCUUACCCACACCCAGUACCGAUAACUGUAUGAAAUAUAUUGUCAGAA